GAUUCUGUUUGCAAAGUGCAAUUAUUAUGUUCCAUGUUGAACAAUUUCAGGAUAAAUAUGGUAAAUCAUCAGGUCAUCCAUAUGGAUUUAAUCAGUGGUCUGAGAACAAAAUUAACAAAAAUCUUUACUGAAUUACUUCAUUAUUAUAGUUUGUUGAUAAUAUGUGAGAGGAAAUAUAGUUGGCAGUUGGAUUUGAACUAUUGA